GCACCACGAAUUCAACGAAACAUGUCGUCGAAGGCCCCCGCCGUCCUCGGCGGCACGACGGCAAACAAGGAGGAACGCGUCCAUUUGGACAUUGAGGAUGGAAAUGAAGUCGCCGCGGAAGAGGAAUCGGCCGAGAUGUUCUCCAACAUCAAUGAUGAUACGCCCAACAUCACAGAACUUCAAAGUCUGUGCAUUAACUGCCACGAAGAUGGAAUGACCAAGCUCCUCUUGACGCGCAUCCCGUACUUCCGCGAAGUCAUCUUGAUGUCGUUUGCAUGCGACCAUUGCGGCUUCAAGAACAGCGAAGUGCAAUUCGGCGGUACCAUCCAGGAGCAAGGCGUGCGCAUGGAACUCUCGGUGCAAACACGCGAAGACUUGAACCGACAAUUGAUCAAGUCGGACACGGCCGUGAUUGAGUUUCCUGAAGUUAACUUUGAAAUCCCAGCAAGCACCCAGCAGGGUACUAUCAACACGAUCGAGGGCUUCCUGUCGAAAGCCAUCGAUGGCCUCCGUGCGAACCAAGAAGAGCGUCGUGCUAUCGACCCUGCCACGACCCAAAAAAUCGACGACUUUCUGGCCAACCUUGCCCUCAUGGCCGCUGGGAUCACGCUUCCUUUCACCGUCAUUGUGACCGACCCUGCCGGCAACUCGCACAUCGAGAAUUUACACGCGCCCAACCCGGACCCGCAGCUAAAGAUUGAAACUUUCUUCCGCAGCGAAGCCCAAGACUUAAUGUGUGGGUUGCAGCCGGACGCGUCCCAUGCGCACGACACGCCGUCGACCGCGCCGCGUGUGCUACCGCCGCGUAAUGCAGGUCUCGACACUUUCUUGGCACAAAACAACAAUAUCGCCAAGCGCGAGGCCAUUCGUUUCCCGACUCAGUGUCACUCGUGCUACAAGGACGGCGAAUCGAUGAUGUGCAUCACGGACAUCCCUCACUUUAAAGAAGUCAUCAUCAUGGCGUUCAAUUGCGAGCACUGCGGGUUCAAAACAAACGAAGUCAAGGCCGGCGGGGCAAUCCCUCCUUUGGGGGAGCGCAUCGUGCUUCAUGUGCAGGACCAAUCGUUCUUGGACCGCGACGUACUCAAAUCCGACUCGGCCUGCGUGCAUAUUCCCGAAGUGGAAUUGGAAAUGGUGGCCGGGUCGCUGGGCGGACUGUACACGACAAUCGAAGGGCUCCUUGACAAGAUUGCCGAGAACAUCACGAAGGGUAACCCGUUCGCCGUCGGUGAUAGCGACGGUGGCCGCUCGGGGCUUCGCGCGUGGCUGGACAAGUUGGAGGCGCUCAAGCAUGGCACGCCGUUCACAUUGAUCAUCGAAGAUCCGUUGGCCAACAGCUUCAUCUACUCGCCGUGCGGGUCGGCCGCGGACGACCCUGACAUGACGUGCGAGUCGUACGUCCGCACGGAAGAAGAAAACGACAACCUUGGCUUGCUCGACAUGAAGGUCGAGAACUACUCGUCCGAAGUGAUCGACAACUUGUCGGGUGAAGCGCUGGCCAAGGUCACCCUCAGCGACAAGCAAUCGAUGGCUCGCGGCGGCCAAGCUUUGCCCGAAUCGGGCUACCAUCCGAACCCGAACGCGGUCAUGCACCUCGACAAUCCUCGCACGACGACCCUGUAGAGACCACACGUCGCAGUAUCAUAGCAAGUUGGGUUGUAUGUUCUUGGAUUUGAGCGUUGGGUGGGUGCGACACGAAUAUCAAAAGUGGCAAUGGGUUCAUCAUGGUCGCGUCAAAGGAGAUCCAGCGCUGGUGCGCCGCGCGCGUAAGGAAUAGAGACAUGGAGACAACAUUCUUCCCCCGCUGGGGAAGCGGUGGCUUUGUUUUUAGCUGUGUACCGGGUGAAGCAAGGAUUUUCUCUGGCUCGCUCGAGCGAUGUUGUGUGUGUGGGGAGCUGUGUCGCCCCAGAUUGUUCACGUGCAAA